GAUAAAAAAAUGAGUAGACAAACUCACAGAAAGACAGUUUCACGCACAACCGAAGUGAUUUGAGUGUCGCCGUUUCUCCUGCAUUCGAAAUUCAACCCACAAUGACCUCUAGGGCUGCGCAAGUGGCAUGAGGAGGCGAAAGCAUUGUUUGGCCAGACGAGGAGACGUAGCGAUCUGUGACUGUAGCUUACACCGCUAUACACCGCUUGCUGGACUGUUGCUUCGUACCAUUUGCCAAUCUUAAAGACAUCUCAAUGCACGGGUUUUCCGCUUCACCUGUUCGGCGACUGUCUGUAGCCGUCAGUCACUGACUGGCGGCAUUUGACUCUCGACUGGCUGACGAAUGCCCGUUCAUGGUUCCAGAAGCUGCAUGUACAUCAUGCAGUACUUUUGCAUCGUUUGUCUGUUGAUCUGGCGCAUAGCGGGAGCAGCUUCGAUACAGAAUGGGGCCGUCCAAGAUUGGACGACCUUCUGCAGAAGAUGCGUCGAAGGCUCUCCCUCUGUCGCUGUUCCCAACUCGUGCGCCCGUUCCCCAAGAAUUUUUAGUGGGAAAACGAGACCAGGUUCUUUUUUCUGCAGUUUCAGCGGUCUGCCUAUGCGUGGCGGCCACGAGUUGGCAGCAUUGCGCAUGAAACUUCAUACCCUGGCGGCCCUUUUGCCGGAUAAUGUACAGAGUCACUGCAAUACGUCAGCGUCAUGCUGGAGUUUGCCUUCUCGCUUCCGGGGACAUUUUAAAACCAAAGGGCCGUUCUUGGCAAGGCAGAAUUUUUGGAAGCAUGCAUUCCGGGACCGUUUACGACCCUGUUCCCCGUUAUGGUGUGAUCACAAGCUAGGCAAGACACAUGAUGUAGGUGUUACUCAACCAAAAAUCCCCUCUCAGCCGCGGACCAAGAACACACAUCCAGUCCCAGCCUUCUGCUUUGAAGCGUCUGAAAGCGCUACCUCUGACCCAAACUACAAGUGCCGAGCACCACCGGCGGCUGUCCCCAGACAAAUAUCCGUCGUGGCAAGGGCACCCCCCAGAAUGCGGCCUUCCCCUACGAAAGAACAGAUCUUGCCAAUUGCUUCGCCCAUAGUGAAGUAUGGCGGCCGGCGUGAAGGACAGCCUAGUGUACGGCGAGGAGACAACAGAUCAGUAGCAUUUCUUCGCUUUCUUCGGAACUUCCCAAAACGAUGGAGUGGUGGAUGGGGCAGCCAAGAAGGAGGCACUAAAAACCGCGACAGCAUGUCCUGCGUGACAGAUGAAGCGUACGGAGAGGAUGACAGCUUCGACCAUCCUCUUGGCACCCCCUGCUGGAGGCUGACUCUCCGGCGCCGAAAAUGGCUUGGAUUUGUGGACAGUGAAGAGGAGGAGCUCGUUGACGUACACUUCAAGAAAGACGGAACUGCUAUAGCCGGACACGGCAUACCUGGCAUGUGGACUUUAACGCGAAGAGGUGUAUCGUUGUUUCUUUUCGUGCCACGGGAAACGACACCGUCAGCAGCGUCGGAUCAGCCAAAUGAUGAGCUUGACGUUUGCCGGCGUGGAGUCCAGCAGGCUGCAUCGCCAGAGCUCUCGCAAACCGUUUUUCACCUCACGGCAUACCUCCACUGGGACGCCGAAUCCGGAACUCCAUACAUGUAUAGAGGGAGCAUAACAAGGGACCGAGAAGGCUGGCUUGUCCCUUCCUUUCUGUUUCGGCCGGUGGUGGCCACCUUCUAUGGCUACGGCAUUGUCGGGCCUUCCAGAUCUGCUUGA